AUGACUGUUAGUACGACUACAAAAUCGGCCACAGAAAAAAGUGUUGAUCAUUCGAUUCGUAAAUGGUUUGGUGUCAUAUGGCUUUUGAUUGAAGUGAAUUUAAUUGGUGGUACAAUAUUUGGAUUUCCAGCAUUAUUUCAAAUUUUACCUCAAUAUGGAAUUUAUGGCAGUGAAAAUGAUUGUUCAUCAUCAAUAAUAAAUACAACAGAAUCAGAUGAUGGAGAAUUAUCUUGUCAAGGAUAUCAAACACGUCACUAUCAGAAUGCGUUGACAUUAGGUAUUAUACUAUUUGAAAUUCCAUCAGUUAUUAUUGGUCCAAUGAUUGAUAGGUUUGGAUGUCGAUUUGUUAAAUUAAUUGGAAUAAUUUUUCAUAUUAUUGGAUGGUUAGCAUUAGCAUUGAUUACAUCUGGACGAGAUUCACUUUUAUAUGUACAUACAUCAUUUUCAUCCUUAGCUAGUAUUAUCGUAUUAUUAACAGCUUAUACAUCAAGUGGUUAUUUUUCAAAAUCACGAGCAUUUGUAUCGGCACUAUUUGCUGGUGCGUGUACAUCAGCAACAAUGUGGUAUUCGAUAUUUCAAAUUUUAAUUGAUGCUCAAAAGAUUACAUUACAACAAUUAUCUUAUAUAUGGAUGUCAUUUGGUGUAUUAAUGUUGGUCAGUUCAUUUGUAUUUCUUGAUUGGAGUUUUCCUCUUUUGAAUUUACCCUAUCAAUUUAAUACCACAUUGGAAAAGAAAAAUAUUUCUCAAGAUAUUCUCACAGAUCAUCUAUCAAAUCAUAAUGAAAUAAAUCAAAUGAAUUGGUAUGAACGAAUUUUGAAACGAAAAGGUGUUUGGCAUCAUUUAAUAAGUCCAUUGUAUCUGUUAGUGGUGUUAUUUUUAAGUCUUCUAUUAUUACCGGGAAUUUUCCUUUCUGUAAUAUGGUAUCCUUGGGUAUAUUAUAUCACAAAACAAGAUACAAUACUAAGUAAAAAACAAAAAUUAUUUAAUAUAUCAUUAAUGCAAACGAUAUCAUGGCUUCUCAAUAUAAUAGCAUGUAUUAUAUGUAUGUUUGUUCGAAAGAGUAUGAUUAUUCCAGCAUUAGUCAUCAAUUGUAUUGCACGAGCUACAAUUUCAGGUGGAAGUCAAGCGGUAGUAGCAACUUUUUUUCCAACUGAAUAUAUUGGCACAUUAACUGGUGUAAUGUGGACUUCGGUGGGUGUUAUUGCAACUGUGCAGUACGGCUUAGUGCAAUUGACGAAUGAUAUAACUGGUUCGUGGAGAGCAUGGCUGAUUAUAUUAUCAUUUGUACUAUUAAUGUCAUGUCAUUUGAUUCAACUAUGGUGGAAAUAUAUUAGGGAAUUGAGAAAAAAAUCGACGACAAUUGUUAAAGAAAAUGUUAUAACAAAAUUUUGA